AUGGAUGACAUCUCAUUUCAGCGACCAAGCGAUCUCCCCAACCUCGAGGAAAUUAUAGCUGAGUAUGACAACCUGGAGAGGGAGAUAUUUGUGAUGACAAUCGAAAGAAAGCCAGACUCGUCGAGGAGCUUUAUUGCUUCUGCUCACCGAAACGAGGAUUCGGACCGCGAAUUGACAAUUGAUGAGGUGGAGCAGAAAAAUAUCCAAGUCACCAGAGCUCAAGAGGAUAAGCUACUUGCCUCUAAUCGCUGUAAAGAAGAUGCGGGGACUGCACUGAGGCGUAUUGGUGAAAACAAGGAAUGUGAUCUCAUCAAAUCAGGCAUCGCUCAGAGGCAUAACGAGUUAAAAUCUGCCAUCAAGAGAAUCACCCAUCAUUCUUUUGGACAAGAUGGGCAGGAGGCCAUGUCAAAGAACACAAAGAACACAGUCUCUGAAAUGAGUGAAGAGGGGUAUCUUGUCCAAGAUAAUGAUGACUCCAUUAUCGCAGAUACCGCCAAAAUGAUAGAGGGCUUUAUGGCAAAGUCUGGGAACGCGCCAGGGCAAAAUCUUGUGGACGGCGUGGCCUCGGGUGUGUAUCGGCACCGAUACGAAAGAGCUUGA